AUGCGUGUUACUCUCCCAGCCGAUAUGGACAACAGCUCUUCGUCGCUUUUUUCCCACCUUGAUAAUGUCCCUCUCGAUCCACACUUUGCUCUCAAAGAGCUUUUUGACAAAGACAAGAAUCCAGACAAAGUCCUAUUGGGAUCUGGAGUCUAUAGGGAUGAUAAUGGACGUCCCUGGGUUCUACCGGCGGCUGAAGUAAUAGUCACUGAAGAAGAGACUAAUGCUCGCUACGAGUAUCUACCUAUACCUGGAUACGCUCCAUUCUAUGCCGCCGCCCGAGAUCUCUUAUUCGGGCCCACGGUCAAGAAAGACCGAACUGUUUCUGUCCACACCAUCUCGGGCACAGGUGCGAAUUAUCUUGGUGCCCGAUUUCUUUCACAAGCACUGAAGCCAUCUGCUGUAUGGGUCUCUGACCCUACCUGGGUUAACCAUAUCAACAUCUGGAACCAGGUAGGCGUGGAAGUGAAGACGUAUCCUUACUGGAACGCGAGAGAACGAACGCUAGCUUUUGAGGAGACCUGCCACGUAUUGGAGACACAAACCAGGCCAGGCGAUGUGAUUGUGCUCCAUGCCUGCGCUCAUAACCCAACAGGAGUGGAUCCAACCAAAGAGCAGUGGAAGAUAAUUGCGGAUAUUUGCGAGGAACAUGCUUUGUUUCCAUUUUUCGACUGUGCAUACCAAGGAUUCGCAACGGGGGACCUCGACGACGACGCAUGGGCUUUACGCCACUUCAUGGAAAGAGGCACCCUGGAGUUGGCGGUGGCACAGUCAUUCUCCAAGAACAUGGGCUUGUAUGGGGAGCGGGUUGGGGCUUUCCAUUUAGCCACUGCUUCACCAGCAACGGCGGUAAAAGUCCAGGGGCAUCUCGCUCGGCUGCAGCGAGGACAGAUCUCUCAGCCGCCUACGAGAGGGGCUAAGAUUGCUACUGCCAUACUCACCCGGCCAGAGCUGUUCAAAGAUUGGCUCAUUGAUCUCCAGGAAAUGAGCUCUAGAAUAAAGAGCAUGCGAAAAUCACUACAUGAGGGUUUGCUUUCCCUGAACACCCCCGGAAAGUGGGACUGUAUUGUUUCGCAGAUUGGCAUGUUCUCUUUCACGGGCUUGAGCCCAGAGGAAGUUGCUGCUAUCCGGGCCGAUGGCCAUGUUUACAUGUUAAAAUCGGGGCGUAUCUCGGUCGCCGGGCUGAAUACACGCAACAUACAACAUGUGGUGGAGAGUAUGGAUGCUGCUGUGAGAAAAUAUGCUCACCAGGAACUUCCCAACUAG